GCCACUGCAGGGCCCUGGGCUGGCCAGUGCCAGGACAGUGGCUGUGUCCCAGGACGUAUCUGUGGCAGAGCACAUCAGACACAGCGGAGGACGAGGCAAACCCCAACUCCCAGCCGCCCAGCCUCUUGCCCAGCUGGCUGCAAGACCUCAGCGAACAGUGGCUGGGAGCAGGGUGUAGCUCAGUCGUCUCUCUGUCAGACUUAGGAGGAGGGAGCCUUUUUCACCAUGGAGUGGGAAUGUGCUGUGGACGAAGGGCUUUCCCCAUGGGAAGACGUCUGUGGCCCAUAUGGCAGAGAGCUUUGCCUCUGGGAAGAAAUGAUGCCAGAAGAAUUUCUUCGAUGGGAUGAAGUAACUUCCCAGGAAGGCUGCCCCUGGGGAGCUGUGACACACAAUGAGCUGCAUGGCUGGCAAGAGCUGGACCAGUGGGGAGAGUGCGUGACAGUGACAGAGCCGUACAACUGGGACGACGAUGAGGAUGGAUGCCAACACUUGUGCCCAUGGGAGGACGAGGUGACAGUGCCGGUAGAGCAGGAGCUGUACCAGUGUGAUGAUGGAGAUGACAGAUGCCAAGAGCUGUGUCCAUGGGAGGAGGAGGUGACAGUGGAGGUAGAGCAGGAGCUGCACCAAUGUGACAAUGAUGAAGGUGGCAUAUGCCAAGAGCUGUGUCCAUGUGAAGAGGAGGUGACAGUGGUGGUAGAGCAAGAGCUGCACCAAUGUGACAAUGAUGAAGGUGGCAUAUGCCAAGAGCUGUGUCCAUGUGAAGAGGAGGUGACAGUGGUGGUAGAGCAAGAGCUGCACCAAUGUGACAAUGAUGAAGGUGGCAUAUGCCAAGAGCUGUGUCCAUGUGAAGAGGAGGUGACAGUGGUGGUAGAGCAAGAGCUGCACCAAUGUGACAAUGAUGAAGGUGGCAUAUGCCAAGAGCUGUGUCCAUGUGAAGAGGAGGUGACAGUGGUGGUAGAGCAGGAGCUGCACCAAUGUGACAAUGAUGAAGGUGGCAUAUGCCAAGAGCUGUUUCCAUGUGAAGAGGUGGUGAUAGUGGAGGUAGAGCAGGAGCUGCACCAAUGUGACAAUGAUGAAGGUGGCAUAUGCCAAGAGCUGUUUCCAUGUGAAGAGGUGGUGAUAGUGGAGGUAGAGCAGGAGCUGCACCAAUGUGACAAUGAUGAAGGUGGCAUAUGCCAAGAGCUGUUUCCAUGUGAAGAGGUGGUGAUAGUGGAGGUAGAGCAGGAGCUGCACCAAUGUGACAAUGAUGAAGGUGGCAUAUGCCAAGAGCUGUUUCCAUGUGAAGAGGUGGUGAUAGUGGAGGUAGAGCAGGAGCUGCACCAAUGUGACAAUGAUGAAGGUGGCAUAUGCCAAGAGCUGUUUCCAUGUGAAGAGGUGGUGAUAGUGGAGGUAGAGCAGGAGCUGCACCAAUGUGACAAUGAUGAAGGUGGCAUAUGCCAAGAGCUGUGUCCAUGUGAAGAGGUGGUGACAGUGGAGGUAGAGCAGGAGCUGCACCAAUGUGACAAUGAUGAAGGUGGCAUAUGCCAAGAGCUGUUUCCAUGUGAAGAGGUGGUGAUAGUGGAGGUAGAGCAGGAGCUGCACCAGUGUGACAAUGAUGGGGAUGACAACUGCCAGGAGCUGUGUCCAUAUGAAGAAGAGCUGGCAAUCCAAGAGCUGUCCCCAUGGGCAGAGAGUUUAACGGAGCAGCAGCUGUGCCAAGAUGCGCCAGAUUAUCCUGCUCUCUGCCAGGAGGUGCCACGGGCGGAGCCCCAGAGCCCAGUCCCUGACCCACAGACCCUCGUCCCUGACCCAGAGAGCCCCCCAGGUGAUGGCCAGGUCUUGCAGCACUCAGCCAGCUGCAGCAGCAGCGGGUCCACGAGCGACUCUGUGACCAAGGUGCAGGGCUCUGGCCAGGAGCCAGAUGCGCAUAGGGAGCUGAAGUCCAGCCUGGCUACACUACACAAAGAAGCAGAUGCAGUAGAAAGGGAAAUGAACUUGAUCUCUACUGUGAGCAGCUCCCGCCCCACCCCCAGGCUCUCGCCCAGCCAGGAGGCAGCUCCCAAAAAUGAACCUCCCUCGUGGUGCAUGCGGCUUCUCGGGGUGCUGUGCUGCUGCUGCUGCCCCGCACCACAGCCAUAGGAUUAGUGCCUGCUGCCAGCAGCACCAGCCCUGAGAAUAGUGCCUGGCCC